AGCACCAGCACGGCCAGGCGGUCGUCCCGGUGACCGAGGCGCAGGGAGGGAGGCAGCACCGCGUUGUACCAGCCGACCUGAGGGCGACAAACAACGGCGUCUGUGACGUCACACGCGAUCACGUCCUGCUGCUCUUAUUGGCUGGCGGAUUUAAAAGUGGAGCCGAGGUUUUAUUCCAUCUGAAGAUGAGCUGGGACCACGAGCUGAGCUCCAUCCUGUCGGGAGCAGAAGGGAGCGUCUCCAAGAUGCGGGAGCGACUGACCUCAGCAGGGAACCUUCCCGGACCAGCAGCACGUCUGUUUCCCGCCACGGAGAGGAUUCCUGAUUCAGACUCGGUUCCUCCUGCUCUUCCUCUUCGAGCCUCCCCCCUCCGAAUCCCCGCCCCGCCGCUCGGCGUUCAAUGGUCCGACCUGGCUGCUAUUCAAUCACAGCUUCAGAUCCAGAGCCAGGCGAUCGAGUCUCUGACCCAGAAAGUCCACGAGGGGGAGAGAGAGAGGCACUUUCAACACCGGCUCAUCCAGGCGCUACAAGGUGAUCCACCUGGGACCUUUACCAUCAGUCACCAUGAGGAGGUGCAGGAGCUCAGGGAGAGAGAAUCCAGGAGGGAGCCUCCAGGAGCCUUGAGGACCAUGGAGCAGUGGAGGAGGGAGGUGGGGCGUGAGCUCAGCAGUCUGCGGGGCCACAUCAGCAGAGUCACGUUGCUAGGAAACCCGGAGGAGAGUUUCUCUGCAAAGCUCUGCAGAGAAGAACUGGAGCUCCUGAGCAGAGAGGUGGACCAGCUGAAGACGCACCUGAGCAGGCAGCAGCAGGAGGAAGGGGGAGGGGCCAGGAGCAAGAUUCUGGAGGAACUGAUAGAAAAGAACACAACUCUCAGCGCUGAUCUGCUGAAGAUCAUCUCCCAGUGUUCUCAUACACAGCACCAGCUAGAUCAGAUCAGAACUUGUGUGUCAGAACUGAGAGACGUGGUGAAGAGACUCGUCAUCAAAGAGCAUCAGACGUCAGAAGAUUCACGGCUCCUUACCCGCCACGGCGUAGGGGUCAGGGGUGAAGAGGCGGAGUCAGACUUGGAAGACUUCAGCCCAACCCCAAGCCUGGCUGAGGUCAGCUCAGACGAUCUGUCAUGGCUGGGUGACAAAGACGCAGCUCCUCAUCAGAAGCCUGGAGUGAGUCUCAGCGUUCAGUCCAGACGGAGCAACUUCACAGGUCCGGGAUCAGAUCUUGAUGAUGAUCUUCUGGAUCCAGGGUCUGACCUAAGUGUGGAUGACCUCUGACCUUUGCGAACAGGUGACUGAAGGAUUCCCAACAUUUCUUCUGGCUUGAAAUGAUGUAGUUAUGUGAUCAGAACUGAAGCAGCCAUGUGGAUCCUCUUCCCUCUGGGGUCUCCAGAGGAAGGAAAGACAUUUAGGUUCUACACACCUGACGGAGUCAGCACCAGUGUGUUCGCUCCACCCUUGUGAGACUGAGGCUUUCUGCUCCGCCCUCUUGGCGCCAACUCCUUUAUUUACACAAAGUCCCCAACAAGGCUGAAGAAGUCAAAUCCCUCGUAUGUCUGUGAUAUUAUUCAAUGUUUCCUAGUUCCUCGUUAUGUAAUCAGUGGCAUAAAUGGUUAGGCCAUGGAAAAGGCUAGGCUAAGCUAGCUGCUAGGCUAAGCUAGCUGCUAGGCGGCUUCUAUCCAUGCAGUCUGCAGAGGACCACCACUGUGUCCUUCAAAGACACGUGGAAACGUCCUGCUAAAUGUGGGAGAUUGUUGGUUCUUCAAACACGUCAAAUGAAGGAGAGUUAAUUCAUUAAAACAUUUAUUAAGAGCGAUUAUUGAAUUUCUAUUAAAAGCCCAAAUGUUGGUUUGGAUAAGAUGAACCAACCGGUGAUGAGGGAGUCCUAAAGCUGCACGGUGGAGGAGGGGGGGGUCACCGAGCAUCAUGGAGACCAAGGAGCUCACCAAGUAGCUGAAAGUAUGAAGAUGUCCCAAGCUUUGAACAUUUCACGCAGAACCAUAAAAUCCAUCAUCACAAAGAAUACAGCACAAG